AUGUCUCUGUGCCGUCAGAAUUAUCAUGAAGAGUGCGAAGCUGGCAUUAACAAGCAGAUCAACCUUGAGUUGUAUGCAAGCUACGUGUACUUGUCGAUGGUAGGUUCGCUUUCUUCCCGCCGUCAUUUUUCGAUACAGGUGGUCUAAAGUUUAUGUGUUUUUUCGCUCUAGGCCUAUCACUUCGAUCGUGAUGAUGUGGCCCUGCCAGGAUUUCACAAAUUCAUGCUGAAACAAUCGGACGAGGAACGUGAACACGCUCGCAAGGUAACUUAAUCGCGAUGUUAAAUCAUUUUCAAAAUGUCAUCUACUUCGUUUGGCCCCGUAGUUUUACUAAUCCGCACUAUCACUCAAUUUGUAGCUGAUGAAAUACCAGAACGAACGAGGAGGCCGCAUUGUGUUGCAAGAUGUCAAGGUAAGGGUGAAAAAAGAAUCAAAAUGAUCUUUGUAUUAUUACGUAAGCCAAAGUCUAUGAUUAAUCGAAGUAAGCGUAAAUUAAAUUUGACACAAUCGGGAAUUUUGGAACGUGCUAGAGCUUUUCCACUGGGUGUAACAUUACAUGAGAGAAGGUAGGAUUUCUCUCGCUGUUAUUGUACAAAUACAUAGGCAAACGAUUUUUGUAGUUCGUUCCUUUUGUGGUUUUUCGGUGUGUUUCCCUGCUAUUUGAGGAGGAGUUAAGUGUAGGAACGGCGUGUUGGGCCCUAAGAUUUUUGGGUGGGCCCAUUGUUACUGUUUUCAUAAAUGUUUGUAUUUUUAACAAAUGGACGUGUCUAUCGGUAACUGUAAGAACUGUUUGUUCUGUGGGGAGCGUGAAGGAUCAGCGAACACCUUCUGAAUACAAGAUGAAACGUACACGCACUCGCCUCUAGGCUGUGACAUUACAAAUAGGAGCUAUAUUAAGCCCCAUCAUGUUAAAUUGUGCGAUAAAAUAGUGUGACUCUUUCAUGUGUGAAAAUUGUGGGUAAUUCGCUAUUGCAUCCUUUACGAUAUUAGUUGUAAGUUCGAUUUCUUUGCUAAGAGGAGUAAGGUGAGGGAGAGUGUGGUAGAAAAUCUUGACAAAACAACCCAAUAAGUAGCCUUUGUGGGGCAGGGGGCAGUACACAGUGCACCCAACGACAAUUUUCGGAAAAAAUCUGCUUGGAAGACGAUUUGAGAUAUAGAAUUUUCGGAACAUUUGUUGAAAACUUUGUUGCUUGCCUGCCUCUCCUAGGAUUUUCGAACAUCUAAAAAAUGGUAUAAUUGCCCAUUUUUAACGAAAAUUGUAGGUAAAUUUUCGAAAAGGUAAGUUUUGAUCCCUAUAAUUUUCGCAUCACUAGACUUUCAGCUAGGAAAUCCGAACAGAUGAAAAAUUUUUAGGGGAUAAAAAUAUGCCUAUAUCUACCUUUUAAAUGCUAAAAUACGUCCAACAAUGCUAUGUUUAAGUGGUUUUGAACUAUAUUCUUGUUGGGUGCCCCUAAGUACAGUGCUUUACAGGAAAUAUGUCGGGACAUCAUUAUCUGUCCCUGCAGAGAAUUUUAACAACAGGAUUAUGACUGUAGUAAGUGUCCUCUGAUUAUCAAUGAUAAAUGUGAUUCAUGUGUCGUAUUACCUUUUGUAGAAGCCAGACAAGGAGGAUUGGGGAUGUGGACUGGAAGCGUGCCAGGCUGCUUUGGAUUUGGAGAAGCAUGUGAACCAAGCCUUGCUUGAUCUGCACAAAACUGCCGAUUGUCAUGGUGAUCCCCAGGUGAGUUUUAUGCUACUCAAAGCUCUUCAAGUGAGGUUGUAUGUCUCGUGGUAAAAUGUUGUGAGGAAUUAAAUUGUUUGAUGGCCAUUGAGACAAAUUGUAUGUGGACACUACACACCUACACCAUGAUUGGGGGAAGGGGGUUGGGGUGGUUACAGAAACUUCCUGAUGCAAUAAUUGCAAAUGGCGUUGUGCUGUAUUAAAGCUUAAUUUGCAUUUCUGCCAUUCUUAUUUCUAAGUGCUGCCUUCAAACUUUCAGCAUCUAUUUGUCUCAUUCUUAUUUCUUACAAGAAUGAAAUUGAUGUAACUUCUAGCCUGCAUAGCAAGUGUUGCCGUCCGAGUUUGUCAAGAAAGUUGGGACGAGAGCAAAAAAAAAAGGAAUGAUGGGAGAGGGGGGAGGGGAAAGAAGGAAACGUUUCUCCCCUCCCCCUUACAUCUGUUCUUUUUUUUGGUUCCUGCUCUAACUUUUGUGCGAUAACUCCAUUGGAAAUGCUCUGCGUACUAUGCUCAACUCCAUUGCCUUCUAAAACACACUUUUAAAUGAAGUGGUUAUUUUCAUUUGCUGGGAAGUCAUUUUGUUCUCAAACUGCGGGGAGAGUGUGUGCUCUAGCAAAAUUAACAAGAGAAAUCUUGGCCACCUUUCUUCAUUGUAGAUGGGAGAUAUGAUUGAUGACCUCUUGACUGAGCAGGUUGAAUCCAUCAAGCAGUUUUCAGAGUUUGUGACAGAACUAAAACGUGUUGGGCCUGGACUCGGAGAACAUAUGUUUGACAAAACCACUUUACAUUAGUCAAGAUUAUCUUAGCAAUGAUUAUUGAUUUUUGCAUUUUACCAAGAUAUUUAACUUCUGGAUUUUUUUAAAAAUAAUUCUGUUUCAAUGUUUAAGGUUGACUAAAACUUUAUUUUUGACUAUUUAUGAAUAAACAUUCUGGGGGUAAAUAAUUGUUUGUGAGAAACUGCAUUAUACGCAGACAAUCCGAAAAGUUCUUGUUUGUGAAUUUAAGUCUUAAAUUUCAUCAGUAUCAAAAUGACUGAAAGACUAGCGUUCUAUAUUGUAACACGCAUGUAAUGACUUGCCUUGGGCUUGUGUUGUUGAAUGCUUUAAAUAAACUGGAUGUGACAUGACUUGCGAGGCUGGGUUUCUUUUGCACAUUCUCAUAUUUCUGGAUCUUUGCCACAAGCUUUAUUUUUCUGCCAAUACACUGGAGUUGGUGGAAGGUUUGUGGGGGUGGGGGUGGGGGCUAGCCAUAAAUAUUGUGUGUUGAAUGGAAGAAUACCUUCAGAAAAUAGUAGGAAAGUUAGGUAAACCAUAAAUGAAAUAAAGAUGAAUAGGCCACUUGCAUUAAGGGUCACGUGAUCAAUGCUUCCUUUAAACAAUGAGUUGGAGUCUUGCUGAUGCCAAAAAUAAUAUUGACAGAGCACAUAAAAAUUACUUUACACCCGAAAUUUGAGAGAAAACGCAUUUAAGGGAGAUCUUUAAUGGCACUUUGAUUUUUCAACAAAGUAGUAUGAUUUGUAUUGGCCGCCAUGUUGGAGGGCAUACUCUUGCCCUCCAACAUGGCGGCCAAAACUACUUCUUGCUUAUAUCUUGUUAAACGUUUGAUAGUUACGCUCAGAUGUGCUUUAAACGUUACCACAUCAUGUUUUCCACAUUUUCCUUGAAGUUGUGUUCAGAAAAAGGUAAUUCAUAAUUUUAAUAAUCCCAUUUUGGUCACAUGACCAGCUACGAACUUACUCAUUUUUAGCUCAUGGAUGACAUAGUCAUGCCAUGGGCUUUUGGAGGCACUCGAAUGGCACUCGAUCACUCACUCACUCACUCACUCACUCACUCACUCACUCACUCGAUUCUCAUUAAUUUAUUCAUUAAAGUCAGAUUAAACACGUUACUCCUACCUCCCGUACUUAGUAUUACUUUUAUUCCGAGUGCCUUUUACGUAUAUGUUUGGAAUAUUCUAGAGGGUACUAGUAAGGCGAAUUUUUUUCCCGACACAUCAAUAAUAGAGAUGGGUUUUGAAUAGAUGGAAAUAUUCUAAAGAACACUGGUAAUAUCAUCCACAAGAAAUGGACUUAGAAUUGUUAAAAGGACAUUGAAAUAAUUGAGCGUGGAUCAUUGUUGUAUAUUUGGACGAAUUGUGCUCAUUUGUUCCCGAUAUUAUACUUGAUAUGGAGAAGAUGCGAUCACCAGGAGUGUGAAAGAGCUCUUGCAGCCUGACAAUGGGAUUUCGUUCAGCGAAAAGCGAAUAAGCCAAAGAGCCUUAUAAUCACUGCAAAAAAACGGUCCUCGAGUUGUUAAAGCGACAUUGAGGAGUAUCUAUUGAGGUUUAUUCAGUUAUUUGGACGAAUCUGUUCGACCAAUUGUCUUGGUAUGCAAACAGGGAAUGAAUUUUUUGUGUCAACUAGAAGCACAGGUUUUAGAACAAACAAGCGUUACGCUAUUUUGCUUGAAUUCUUAGGUGGUCUUUGCCUUAAAGUAGGCUUUUGUUUGUCGGUGAUUCCAUUUAGCAGUGCUAUGAAUAUAAUUUCUACAAGAAAUGCUGCGCUGGUAUAAACAAGUCUCUGGCGAAAGGCAAUCGGAUGCUUCGACUGCGUUUAAAUUACUUGGCUAGGUCAGAGCACGUACUCCUUUGAGCUAAUAAUCCGUUUUAUUAAAAUAAUUUUUAGCUCGUGUUUAUCAAAAGCGCAUUCUAAAGCAGUUCAAUUUAGCCAUAAACGCCUGUAUUCUGUAUUUAAUAUAGCUCGUACUGCAUAUACUAACCGUUACGUACUCAUCAUAUGGAAACAUUUAUUUGAAAGCAUGGUACUUUUAAAACCACGGUUUAAAUAAAACUCGUGUAUGUAAAACUUGGCUAUUUCACAAGAAAGUGCACUGUCGUUCGGAAAGUGUUUGACAGUCACAUGAGAAAGCAAAUUAUUUUACAACCAAAAAACAUUAAUAAUUGCUUUUAAAAGUGACCUUUGCUUUGUAAGUAGAAAUGCUGUGCUGAUAACAAGUUUCUAGAAUAUUCAGGUGCACAUGCAAUCGGAUACUUCAAGUCACGCUGUAUUUUGGCAAGUCUGUACACAAUGAAGCGUCCAAAAAGAUUUAUAUGUUUUUCUUUGAUUAUUGAACUGUCUUUUCUAUGUACUAAUUCAAUUCAUCCAUGAGCCGCUCCUAGGAGUCUUUGAUAAGAAAAUGGUGCAGGUUUGAAAAACCAAAUCGCUAUUAUUUUGUUUAAGAUAUUACCCACUAAUUGUUUUUUGAAGGCAAAAUCAUAAAACUUUCAUAAACCAUGUCACGUGACCUCUUAGUGCAAAUGGCCUAUUAGAAUGAAGGAGAUAAACAUGGAUUACAAAUGACAGACUUGAAAAAUUAGGCUUGUAUUGAAAGAUGUAGAAGCGGUGACAAUGUAUCUUCAAAGAAUACUGCAUGUGUAAUUCUCCUUGUUGAUGUUGUGUCAUGUAGGCAUUAUGCUAAUGUCAUUGUAGCUGCUUUCUGUGGAUUUCCUUUGCUGCCUAGUAAUGCUUGCUGUGCCUUUGAUGCUCCUGCGAUGUUAUCAACAGGGCUCGAAAAAAUCCCAUCUGUUAGUCCGUAACAAGUAGAUUUUUGUGCUGGGCAAGUUACUUUAAAGCUUGCAUGCUCAGUGGUAAAUUGUCUAGGCCAGUCAUCCUCUAACCAAAUCAUUAGCUAAUAUGUGCAAGUGGCCCUGGUCAAACAAAAUGUGAGAACUGCUUGAUUAAAGGACAAGAUGGAAUUAAAUAAUUUUUUUUCUAGCCCUGACUAAGUACCUGCUGUGAUAUAAGUUGUGAUGAGCAGACUCAAAAAUGGCAAUGUAACAUACCACAUGUCUACGUAUAUCCAUUAGGGUCCCUUUGCGUGAGUCCUCCAGGAUACAUAAGAUUUGUCUUCUAUCUUUCUGUCUUCAACGGUCCUCUCUCUUAUUUUUCGGGCAGAUGAUGGACUUCAUUGAAGGGAACUUCCUUGAGGAGCAGGUGGAGUCCAUCAAACAGUUCUCUGAUUAUGUCACCAACCUGAAGCGUGUUGGUCCUGGACUGGGUGAAUACCAGUUUGACAAGCUGACUCUGAAGGACUCCUAG